CAAAAAUGGCGGCUCCACUACCACGGAUUUGGGGGAUGUUGCUUCUCACGGUGCUCGCGAGGCUGGACAUUGCGCUAGGCGUGUCAACUCGCAACAUAUACCAGAAAUCAUCAUCAAGAAUUACAGCCCUUGAUGUUCAGGAUACUCAAGGCCCAACUCUCCUUGUACCGAUUGAGUUGUUCGUUAUGUCCCGGUGCCCCGAUGCACGCCGAGCGGAAGCCCGCUUCGACGAAGUCCUAGCGGUCGUCCAUAGUAUAGCCCAAAUCCGUACAAUCUACAUCGCGGACGAGGCGAACAACGGCAGUAUUGUUUGCAAGCAUGGACCAAUAGAAUGUGCCGGCGAUGUGCAGCAACUCUGCGCCCAGCGGUAUGGUGGACAGGACCCAGCUGACGGAUCUAACUUUGGAUGGUCUUUCUUGAUGUGUCAAAACCAGCGGUUCAACGAUGUAGGGUCGCCGGAGCUUGCGGCGACAUGUCUAAAGACCUCCCUCUUUCCCAAUCACAUCGCGGACAAGGUCCGGUCCUGCUGGUCCGGUGAAGAGGGCGCGCAGCUGCUGCAGGUGUCAGCUGCUGAGGCGCGGCGGCGGGGAGCCCAGCGCAGCUGCACCAUCUUCGUGGGGGGCACCUACCGGUGCACACAUGACGGCGCACAGUGGUACGACUGCCCGGGGGGCCCCGAAGUGUCCGAUUUCGUCCGUACAGUCUGCGAAGAGUACAAACGGCUCUCCGGAGUUUGGCGGUCUGAUAUUUGCGGCCCCGAAGGAGGGGCCGGAGAUGAUGAUGAUAAGUAGCACUGGCAGUAACAAAAGCAGCAGCAGUAAUUUAACAAUAACAACAUGACCAUUCUUCGAGACAUGAGCCCUCUGUGGCAUAUAUAUCGAGAGAAGAGAAGGGAAGGUGAAAGAUUAAAAAGAAAGAUUAAAAAAUGCUGUAUACAAAUUUGCGACCAUCUUUGCUCGCGCGGUGAUGGCAGGAGUUCAUGUUCAUCACUGACGUCGAACAGUGUUGUGGUGCCUCUGGCGAGGGACAUGGGAACGAAUUAAACAUGGUUUUCUUCGGGGGGAGCCGUAGGGGUUCGGGUUCCGUCUUGGGCCGUUUCGUGGGACGUAUAUCGCUUUUGGGUUCUUCCUUUUCCUCCCCCCUGCGGGGCUGUUGUGCUCUCUACUCCUCUGCUCGAGUCCUACAGCGCACCAUUUUUUGGUUUUGUGUAUUGAUAUGCGGACUUGAACCAUGCGAACUUGAACCAUGUGCAAUGUACUGUGUUGUACGAUAUACUGUACGUUCUUGCGUACGUCGUCCUGUAUAGUAUAAUAAAG